AUGGAGGAAGAUGAAUUGAAAUUCGAUACGUUUCCUGUGUUACUUUCUACAAUCCCUCCUGCUGUUGAUUGUGAUAGUCCGAGUAGUGUACCAGGAGCAGACCUGUCGGUUUCUGAUACAACAUCACUAGCUGUAGCAAACUACACGUGUAAAACGGGAUACGUUUACGUCAGCGGAUCCAACUCCUCCACUUGUCUUGCCAAUGGACAGUGGUCUGAUCCGGCGUUGAACUGUACAGAGAUUGACUGCGGAGCGCCAAAUAUCAUACUUGGAGUAACUGCGACAACUUCGGCUACAACAUACCAAUCUGUAGUAGACUACGCAUGCGCAACCGGCUAUGUUUACGUCAGUGGAUCCAAUACUUCUUCCUGUCAGGCGAAUGGACAGUGGUCUGACCCAGCGUUAAUUUGUACAGAGAUUGACUGCGGGGCGCCCAGUACCAUACUUGGAGCAACUACAACACCUGGGACAGCUUCAGCUACAACAUAUCAAUCAGUAACAAACUACGCAUGUGCAACCGGAUAUGUUUACGUCAGUGGAUUAAACACUUCUUCCUGUCAAGCGAAUGGACAGUGGUCUGACCCGGCGUUAAUAUGUACAGAGAUUGACUGCGGGGCGCCCAGUAACAUACUUGGAGCAUCUGUAACAUCUGUGGAUACAACAUACCAAUCUGUAGCAGACUACGCAUGCUCAACCGGCUAUGUCUACGUCAGUGGAUUAAACACUUCUUCCUGUCAGGCGAAUGGACAGUGGUCUGACCCGGCGUUAAUCUGUACAGAGAUUGACUGCGGAACGCCCAUUACCAUACUUGGAGCAACUACAACAUUUACAACGACAACAUACCUAUCUGUAACACACUACGCAUGCGCAACCGUAUAUGUCUACGUCAGUGGAUCCAACACUUCUACCUGUCAAGCGAAUGGACAGUGGUCUCACCCGGCGUUACAUUGUAUUGUUAUGUGUCCGGUACCUUCUUCAAUCGCCAACGGACACGUGGCCUACGAUUCAUUGUCGGUGAACAGCGUCGCUAACUACAGCUGUGUUAUCAACUACUUCUACUUUGGAUACAGUAACAGGAGUGUGUGUCAAACGGAUGGAUCAUGGGCAGGGCGUCGCGGUUCUUGCGUGUCAAAUGCCUUUCCUAUGCACGGGAUAUUUGCUGGACCAGUGACAGCCGGCUGGAAGGUUGAAGUGUUGGCCACACCACGCAAUGAGGGAAGAACGACAGUAGAAUUGAGGUAUGACAACGGCCUUUACAGGGCCAUUCAGAUUGAUAUUCGUUUCAUCUUCGGCGCGUUUGUCAACACGGUGGUCCGCAAUAUGUACACAUCCGCAGGCUGGGGCUACGAAAACAGCACACAGCCGUACUUUCCCUUUGCUAUAGGAAGACCAUUUAAUCUUACAGUAGUGACGACGGUAUCUUCAGGAUUUGACUUGCUCAUUGUAUUCCACCUUGUGCGGGUCAUCGAGUCCUGUGAACAGAUUCGAGUCUUGCUGAACUCGACCCGUGCCCGAGUACUUGAGUUCUCGUGGAGACCCUACUUACCGGAUACCUUUUACUUUGUGGAUUAA